AUGCUUGAUAUUGUGAAAACUACUAUGUCAAACACCACUUAUUCCAACCAACAAGGUUUUAAAUUUCCUAUAAAAUAUAUAGCUCCUCAGCAAGUGCCAGUUCAAUAUGGAGGACUUAGCAGAGAGGGUGAACAGGAAUUCACCACUGCUAACCCUGCUACAGAGGUUAUUAUCAAACCAGCAACAAAACAUGCUGUUGAGUUCCCAAUUUCUGAGAUGAGAAUAAAAACUUGUUUCAUAACCAAAACCAAUCUUAUCAUGGUUUUGGUUUUGGUUUUAAAUUGUGGUUACAAAAGCACCUUGGUAUGGGAAAUCAGAGUGGUGGACUGGAAUGUGAGCUAUGGAGCAGAAUUUGUGCCUAGUGCUGAAGAUGGAUACACAGUGAUAGUACAGAAAAACAGGAAAAUCUCGCCAGCUGAUGAAACAGUAAUCAACAACACCUUCAAAAUCGGUGAACCUGGCAAAGUUGUACUCACCAUUGAUAACCAAACAUCAAAGAAAAAGAAGCUUCUUUACAGGUCCAAGACCAUACCCAUCUCUGAGUAA